CAGAGCAGACAGCCGCCAGCCGGUGGCUGGCUAGUCGCAAGGUAGUUAGGAAAGUUAAAAUUCUAUUGGCCUUGGAACGAGCGCAGAGGAAACGGUUUAGUCGUGUUCUACUGGUUUCCCGCUUUUUUUUUUUUUUUGUUUUUUUUUUUUUUUUUUUUUUGAGUUUGUGGUGUUAACAAGUUUUUCUCGGAAGGUGACUAAAAUUGAACGUGUUUUGUAUACGUUUGUGUUCGGUUGGCUUAGAUAUUGACGAUUAGGUGUCUGUAAUUAUUUUUUAAAGGGUGGUUGGUAUAGUUAUUAAAAUGAGAAGUAUAGUUGGUGGUUGACGUUUUGCCCGAUUUUUUUUCAGGUAUCUGUGCUUUGUUGACUAGCAGACCUCCUGACUUCUCUAGACAUCGUGGGUAACGUAUUUUUUCCUUAAAACUAAAAGGUAACCGCUCUUAUUAUUUCUUUUUAAACCAAAGAUAUUGCAAGCUUAUCCUCCCCCUUCAGGGGCGGAGCCCCUGAAUGGGGAGGAUUUCCUAUUGUCAUACGGUAGACAAAAGUCUACCGUAUGACAAUAGGGGCUUGCUGUUAGCUCUUAUGCUAAUUAAGUGAAGUGUUCUUAAUUGAUAGUAUGUAUUUAAAAAGUCCGGAGAUCUGAUUUUUAUAAAUAUAAAUCGCACUUGCCAGGAAGAAUUUUGUACAUUAAGAAUUGUUUUGUAUGUAGGACAUCUCUUGAAUUGUCAUUUUGACGUUUAGUAUUUUAGCACAUCCUCCUGCAAUGUUUUUGAAAGGUCCUAACGUAACACAUUUUCUAGGUAGCCUGUAUUGAAAUUCUAAAGACACGGGUCUGUCUGACUAUAUUUUUUGUCUUGCAGGUUGCCAGCUGGGAAGGAAGAAAAUACCUAGACACGUUCAUUUUCCCUGUGACUCUAGAAAUCAAGAGGGACUUAAAAUGGUGGGAGAUUCUAUACUUGGGAAUGACAAUACUCUAGGAGUUUUUGGGCUUUCCCGUUCCCCAAGAGUAGAGUCCUGCCCGAGGACGGUAGAAAGUUUCUCUACAAUAACUGCUCUGCCAUGUAUUGGGUGAGCUUCCUAGGGACUUCACAUCCAUAGAGCAGUUUAGCUACAGACAGACGCCACAGGAGUUCUAAAAUUCUUCCCGAGUCGAUUCAUUCGGCUACGACUUCCUGAAACACAUCCUGAAAUGAAGCAGAAAUUUAUGCCCAUCCACAAGCUCCAUAAAUGUCUAUAGUAUGCUUGCUGUAUGAUUGCCCAUAAACAACAGAGGCAAGGAAGAAGCCCCAGAAGUCAAGGCCCAGUUUGCGUCAUCUUGGUAUGAUGAUCUGCAUAAUUAGGAGUAACUGAAAGCACUGAUGGAGCCGGCCACUUACCAGAUACCGUUGGUGGUUUUACCCCAGCGCCAGCAUCCGUGGCAGAGGCUCUACACAACGGCUACCCAUUCUUCUGCAGGUCACGCUCGAGCCGUUCCACAGACCUACGCCAGCGGCCACCCCGAUGAAGAAGAGGUCAAGGACAGCCUCGAGUGGACGUUAAGGUCUAGUUACGACCACGAGAAUGACCUCUUCAUUGACAAGUCGACGACACUGCGAAGACCGGGUAACGAACGAAACGAUCUUCCCAGAACCGACAAAAGGCGCUGCCAGAAAGAAAAGACGCAGGCUAUCACGAGGCGCGACACCAGCCAGGUUCUGCGGGCGGAGCUGGAAGCAGAGGCUGUGGCCAACGGGAGGGCGGGAAUGGGCCACAUCAAAACCUGGAGAGAAUCCCCUUCUUCAGGUUCCUCGUCACCAGGCAAGGACACCCAGCGUUCCAGUAGCGGUCCUAAAGUAGUGACUAUGAGAACGAGGGACUCCUUAACGACGUCGUUGCUCUAUUCGCCACGUCCUACCCAUACUCUAACAGUUCCUAAAGUAACUCCAGGCUACGCCAGGAACCCAACGGGAUCCUUCUUCACGUCUUGAGAGCCUUCAGGAUUGCCUGAAGAUUCUUACUUUCAAACACCUGUUAAUAAUUGCAAUUCAAUAGGGGUACUAGCAUUUCGUUACAUCUUAUUUCAGGUAAUCAAGGAUUAAUCUACGACAUUUAAUUUGUUAUGAGGAACUUUCUUGAAAUAAUAACCAUUUAUCAAGUAAGAAAUGAGACAGACAUUAUCAAAGAGAACCAGUAGCUGGUUUAGAUGCUGUGUAGAAUUUUAUAUUUCUAAACAAUCAUCUUACUGGUAAGGUUUGGCAAAUAAUUAUGAUGAGACAUUAAUCCUUAGCAUUCACCAAAACGAAAGCUGUUCUAAGUUUAUUUCUUCAAUUAUACUUUAUUGUCUCCUUUCCUCUGCUUAUUAAGCAAUAGCUUAGAUUGUCUUGGGAUCUGUGAGAUUAAAGGAGUACAUGAUUACCACAAUAAAAAUGUACUUGUCACAAUAAACUUAAUAAAACCUCCGUUUCGGUGAACGCUAAUGACUCAUAUCUUAUCAUUAUUUGCCAAAGCCUACCAGUGACUAAGUGAUUGUUAGCAGAAGAAGUAGGAGACCAUACUCUGAUAACAACUUACAACCUGCUACGAUUAUUUACUUUCCUUAUUUGUAAAGGCAGCGGUUUCGAGUCUUUGUAUAUGUAGAGUCUAGGGCAGGUUGUUAAUGGAUGCAUUCAUUGAGUUACACGACUCAACUUCUGAAGCCAAGGUUCCUUGGACUAGUUGAUCUCACACCACUUCUACCCACAAUUCGCUGUACACAGGUAACGACAAAUACGAAUGAUAAUUUGUUGAAAUUGAUGCUAAUGCUUCCCAAACAAUAUGUACUUGUAUAUAACCUUUGUGUUAUGCUUAAGAAUCCAGCAACAGAGUUGUUGAAGGAAGUUUUAAUGAGCCAGGAGCUACCUUGCCAGGUGUUCCUCCAGGUUGUGUUCCGCGACCUUCGUUCAUUUUAGUCUAUAGUCCUUGUAUAACAUAGACUACCCAGUGAACUUCUCCCGCAUUAGCGUAAGAUGGCCGGCUUUAAGUGUUUUUUUGGACGUGAAUGUACAGUAACAAGACUCAUCGAUAUAUAGAACAGUAAAUGGAAACCAGAACUACACCAUAAUUGCUGUUUACAUACAGCAAUAUCAAUUCCGCAACUAACUGUUGGAAAUCAAUGAUUUACGUACACGAUAAUGUGAUAGCUAAUAUUGUUGAGUGAAAUAGCAUUCCGCUCUCAAAAACACAUUGCAAUCUGAACCCUAAAUUCUGAGCAAAUGUUUUGGGAGCAUGUGGUCAGUAUCAUGAAUUACUCGUUGUCGUCCAAGAGUUUAAACAUUGUUUUCAUUACAUUUACAUAAGUGAAGACUGUUGAAAGGUUGUAAAUAACUUGAUUAAAUUUCG